AUGUCAGACAUCGCCAGCCACAUCAGAACUCUGGAGCAAGCGGUCAGACAAGACGACAGACUUGUCCUGUGCCGAUCGUUCGCAAAGAUCAUGACAGUCUUAAUUACCAACACUUCAGAAACUGCUAUUUCUGACUUCUUGGACGAGGAAUAUGAAACUAUGGUCAACAGCGUUGUUGCUGAGUUUGGCAUGUACCUUCUCAGCAGAAACGAAGGAGCCAUAUUCAUGGAGAGCAUGGGCAGAGCCAUGGUAGCUGGUCAAAGUGAAGACUUGAGUAUGGCAUAUGCUGCUCUAAGGGCAUCGAUGAUAGCCUAUGCAGGUCGUACGCAAGGGGUCGAAUAA